UUAGCGCACGUUCAGCCACUCUUCCAAGAAACCACAAGUUUAAUGAAGAUGACAGGGUGUCCCAAUCGAAAGCCUUCAAGGUGCUUCAGAUAAUUACCGACACAGAAGAGGAUGCUUCGAACAGUUGUAUUUGAGAAGCAAUCAGUGCGACCAGGAUUUCAGCAGCACCAGAAUGUACCCCAACACUCACCGCCUAUGCAAAAUCAUGUCCCGCAAUUCAAGCCUUCCAGCCAGCACAAAACAGUCCAUUUUCAAGAGCCUGUAACGAACAACAACCUGCCUGGAUUGAAGAGACCAGCAGCAUUUCUGCCUAUGAAAACUGGAGGUGACCCGAUGACGAGGGUCAAGCCAGUCCAUCCAUCAUUUCUCACGAACGGUCCGAGAAAGGGUUUCAAUCCAUCAGGUGUUACAGAUUUUUGAAAGUCACGGAAUUUGAAAAGAAGUACAUUAUGCGAACUAGUCAAAACGAUAAUUGAUGUCUCUUUCGGGAAAAGAAUUGUUGAAAAAGUUUAAUUUAUUCAUCAAUUGCUUUCAUCAUCAUCAUCACAUUGUCAUCAGUUAAAAUAUUAAAAUCAUUGUUAUGAGAAUUAACUCUGUAAUGAUGAUUUUACUUUUUGUUAUUGUUGGUUUUCUAAAAUUAAUACAAAUUAGUACUGUUAUACUUACGAGGACAUUUUUAUAAAAUUAUUUUUAGUUUGUGCCGACGAACCAAGUUAUGUUGCAACUUUUUAAUUAAAUUUCAGAGUCUAUAACUUUCAAAUUUACCGCAAAAGUAUUUUUUAACGCUUUUAUUUUUAUUUUGUUAAAAAUUCGAUUUGUAACAACGUAUUUCAUUCAACGAAUCGAAAGAUAAAAAUUGUAAAUUACAAAAUACAUAUGAUUUUGCUACGUCUCGGAAAAAUAAAAUUUUUAGUUUGUUAAAAGUUUAUAGAAUUUUGUACAAAUAUUGCAAUUUUCAUCAAAAAUUUAAAUGUUGAAUAUUUUUGAUUGUGCAAAAUAAUUGAUGUGCAAUUAUGUUUGAAUUAUUGAAAAUAUAAUCGCUUCAAUACAAUAUAUGUUUAUUAGUAUUAUAAUGUAACUACACGGGUUGGUGUUAUAAUUAUAUGAAUCAGAAUACAUCUAUACAUUUUAUUUUAUUAUUUAAUAAAAAGAGUUUAUUUAAGGAUUUUUACUUACAGAAUUUAUGUAAAUAUUCGACAGGAAAAUACGACUACAUGAUGUGGCGUAUAAACACUGUUUAGACAAAGUACCAUCAUUAAAACUUAUCAUUUUUUUCUUAGUUAUUUAAAUGUUCUAAAAAUGAUCUAGAUGCAUAGAAAAUUGGCAAAAUAUUGUAUUUUGAGCAAUUUAAGACUUUAUGCCAAUGAAAUCUGCUAUAUUUUGGUGUAAAUAUUUCAUCCAAUGGUUUGUUGAAAUUUAUUUUGUCAUAUAUCUGAAAAUAAAAACUGAUUAAAUGUUA